CCGCCCGCUCGGAGGGGCGGCGGCGCCGCGUCGUCAUCAGCCGGCGCCGAGAGGCCGAGAAGGGCCGCGGUUCUCUUCGCGGCUGGGGUACGUCUGGAGGGCUCGGCGAUCGUGGCUGGAGCUCCGCGUCCUCGUGGUGAGUUGUGGUGUGACCCUUAAUGCUUGUAGCACGCAGAAUAUGGAUUCACAGAAGGAUGUUCAGCCUCCAAAGCAGCAGCCAAUGAUUUACAUUUGUGGAGAAUGUCAUACAGAAAAUGAAAUAAAGGCAAGAGAUCCCAUCAGAUGCCGCGAAUGCGGGUACAGAAUAAUGUACAAGAAAAGGACAAAGAGAUUGGUGGUUUUUGAUGCCCGGUGAUGUGAGCUGAAGAUAUAUUGAUUAUUAUGCUGCAGUUUAUUAUUUCUGACUUUGUUCUGUAAAUCUGUUAACGUACAAAUGCAUAGUUUUGUUUUGAGAUAUUAAAAUAUUAAACUUCA